UAGAUCUGGCCAAUGUGGGCCCUGGGCUCUGGCCUGGGGGCAUAUAAGGGGGGCCCCAGGGCAACAGACCCCUCAUAUCACUCAGAGGUCUCCUCUCUUUCUCACCCUACUCCUCUAGUCUGCCCUCAUUCCUUCCUUUGGGUGCCCAUCACGACAUUCUUCAGUCUUCACUAAGCCAUGGAGGUCUUCUCACCGUCCCAGGUCUACUACGACAGAGCUUGCGCCUCAUCUCCAGACAGCCUGGAGUUCAACUCCAGCAUGGACCUCGCCCUCUCAGAGGAGGACGAACACGUCCGUGUCCCCGGGGCGCCUCACCAGCCGGGCCACUGCCUUCAGUGGGCCUGCAAAGCCUGCAAGCGCAAGUCCAGCUUCGUCGACCGCCGGCGGGCCGCAACCAUGCGGGAGCGCCGACGCCUGAAGAAAGUCAACCACGCUUUUGAAGCACUGCGGCGCUGCACCUCGGCCAACCCCAGCCAGCGCCUGCCCAAGGUGGAGAUCCUCCGCAACGCCAUCCAGUACAUCGAAAGCCUCCAGGAUCUGCUACGAGAGCAGGUGGAGAACUACUACGGCCUUCCGGUCGAGAGCGGCUCGGAGCCCGGGAGUCCGUUGUCCAGCUGCUCUGACGGCAUGGUUGGCAGCAACAGUCCAGUGUGGCAGCAGAUGAACGCACAUUACAGCAGCAGCUAUUCGUACGCAAAGAACGAGAGUUUGGGUGGUAAAACAGCCGGAGCCUCGAGCCUCCAGUGUCUCUCCAGCAUCGUGGACCGCCUGUCCUCCGUGGAGUCCAGCUGUGGACCGUCCGCUCACAGAGACACGACCACCUUCUCCCCCGGCAGCACCAGCGACUCGCAGCCGUGCACGCCGGAGAGUCCCGGGUCGGGACCGGUCUACCACGUCCUGUGAAAGAUUUAAAAACGUUUCUAUUGUACAUGACAGUGUAAAUAUGUAAUGUAAAUCCCC